ACCACUGGUCACUGCUAUCAAACAGGCUUAAGACAGAACACAAAACAGACACAAGAAUAAACAUUGAAAAAGUGCAGGGAGGCUAAUAGCACCAGUUAUUAACCUAAGAAUAUAACACUUAACAUUACAAAAGAAAACUGCACCAGAUAAAGACAACUACAUAUACAUAUCCUAAGAGAAAAAGAAUAGCAAAGUUAAGGUCCGCGAAUUUCAUCACAAUAGCAUAAUGUUGCGAUUUGCUUUGUCGGCAGCCCGUCCGGGCAGCAACCUUCUUGGUCAGCAGUCUUCACAGGGCUUUCUGAAAUCAAAACUUAAGCUCGCUGAUGUGCGUAACUAUGCUCGUGGCCCGGUGCGCACACGCGCUCCUGUAGAGGAACAGCAGUUGCGCCAUCCAUCACUGAAAGAGAAACUGAUGGCUCCACCAAGUGUCAAUGCGUAUUCGAUGGGAAAAGGUGCCGCUGCUGGUGCCGCAGUUGUCGGGUUGGGAGCCCUCUGCUACUAUGGCGUGGGCCUGGGCAAGCAUACGAGCAUUGCCGAUAAUGCCAUAAUGUGGCCACAAUAUGUAAGGGAUCGCAUCCAGAGCACCUACGCCUUCUUCGGUGGAUCUUGCAUCCUGACAGCAGCCACUGCAGCUGCCGUUUUUCGUUCGCCCCGCCUGUUGGCGUUGGCCUCGCGCGGCGGUUUCUUGUGGUCUAUAUCUUCGCUAGCGCUCGUCAUUGGCAGUGGGGCAGUAGCGCGCUCAAUUGAGUACCAUCCAGGCCUUGGGACGAAGCACCUCGCGUGGGCAGUCCACUGCGCCAUCUUAGGUGCUGUCAUCGCUCCUCUUUGUUUCAUUGGUGGUCCGAUUCUGACUCGUGCUGCUCUUUACACCGGUGGUAUUGUCGGUGGACUGUCCACAAUCGCUGCAUGUGCGCCAAGCGACAAGUUCCUGUACAUGGGUGGCCCGUUGGCCAUUGGAUUGGGAUUUGUCUUUGCCUCCUCGUUGGCUUCUUUGUGGCUACCGCCAACAACAGCACUGGGUGCUGGUCUGGCAUCCAUAUCCCUCUAUGGUGGUCUGGUGCUUUUCAGUGGCUUCCUGCUGUACGACACACAGAGAAUGGUCCGCAAGGCUGAGGUUCAUCCCCAAUACUCCUAUGCCCCCUUCGACCCUAUCAAUGCCUCAAUGUCCAUUUACCUAGAUGUAUUGAACAUAUUCAUCCGUAUUGCCACUAUCUUGAGCGGAGGACAGCGCAGAUAAUGAGUCGUCCAGAGCACUUGUUUCGAAGAUAAAUCGAUUAUAUAUUUAUAUUACUAUUGAAUAAACUAAUGAGUUACCAAGGGAAAA